AUGUUUUAUAUAUUCUUUUUCUUAUUUAUCUUUUCAAUUGUAUUUUGUAAAAAUCAAGAACAACAAAUAAUUCAUAUACGUGUUGAUGAAGAAUUACCGAUAUCAACAAUAUUAUUUACAACAACAAAUACAGCAACAUAUCGUUUAUUUGAUACAGGUAGAAAUCAAAAUUCAUUUGUACGGUAUGAUUCUUCAAAUGGUCAUCUUCUAUUGGCACGUUCAAUUGAUCGAGAAGAUUUAUGUUCUCAACGUAUAUGUUCAUGUAUACAAUGUCAAUUAACCAUUGAAUUAAUUGAAUGGCAAACACCAUAUCGUCUUUUACAACUUAUAUUAAAUAUUGACGAUAUAAAUGAUCAUGAACCAAGAUUUUCAUCAAAAUAUUAUGAAUUUAAUUUAAUGGAAAAUAUUCCAAUUGGAUAUGAAUUAAGUUUAGAACAAGCAAUUGAUGCAGAUCUUGGAGAAAAUAGCCGUAUUAACUAUGAACUUAAACGAUUAGAUAAGAAAAAUAAUGAUGGACCAUUUGAAUUAGUGACAAAGAUUAAUGGUGGUAUAAUAUUAAAAGUAAUUAAAGAAAUCGAUCGAGAAGAACGAGAUCAUUAUGAAUAUGAAUUGAUUGCUUUUGAUAAUGGCCAACCACAAAGACAAAGUUCAACAAAAUUAUCUAUUAAAAUUGAUGAUAUGAAUGAUAAUCCAGUUGUUCUUUUGGAAACACAUAUUCGUCUUAAUGUAAGUGAAAAUACACCUAUUGGUACUGAAUUAACACGUGUCAAUGCGACAGAUCAAGAUAUUGGACUUAAUGGAAAAAUUCAUUAUUCAAUUAGUAAUGGUCUUCCAUCAUCGAGUUGGAUGGAUUAUUUUCGAAUUAAUGAUUCUACCGGAAUGUUAACUCUUGUUAGUCGACUUGAUUAUGAAUCUGAACAAUCCUAUCGUUUAACAAUUCAAGUACGAGAUUUAGGUGAAAAUUCUCUUUCACGUUUUGCUACAAUUGAUAUAUAUGUUCUUGAUGAAAAUGAUAAUCAACCACAAGCAUUUAUAACAUUUGUAGAAUCUCUUAUAAAUGAAACAAUUAUUCCUUUACAUGAAAAUACUCCAAUAGGACAAAUGUUAGCACAUGUUUCAAUAUCAGAUCAAGAUUCUGGUUUAAAUGGUGAAAUGUCCUAUCGAAUUGAACAAGGAAAUGAUCUUAUUGGAAUAAGACCAAUUGAUCAAAAAUCAUUUUUACUUGUUACACAAAAUUCAAUUGAUCGUGAAGAUCAAAAACUUCAUUCAGAUAAAUUUAUUUUAAUUAUUUAUGAUCAUGGACAACCAUCAAAAUCUCUUCGAUUAGAAUAUAAAAUACUUAUUAUUGAUGAAAAUGAUUCUCCACCCAUAUUUAAUCAAUCAUUAAACUGUAAUAUACAACUAAAUCCUUCAGAUAAUCAAUCAAUGGAUAAUAAUCAAUCAUUAUUUCAUGUCUAUGCAACGGAUUCAGAUAUAGGUGAUAAUGGUCUUCUAUCCUAUUCAAUUCUUCCACCUUAUGAUAAUUUUUUUACAAUUAAUGAUCAAGGUCAAGUAUUUAAUAUAGAAAAUUUAAAUCAAUCAUCCUAUUAUCAUAUACGUAUUAUGGCUAUUGAUCAUGGAAAACCUAAACGAUUAAAUUCAACUCAUGAUUGUUUUAUCUCAACAUCGAUAAUGCAUAUUUUUGAUAAUUAUUUUGAUUAUGAAAAUAUAUCUUUUUCAAAUCUAACUUUAAUUAAUAAUAAUCAAAAUCUAUUUCAAUGGUCAUUAUCAUUGUUUGAUCAAUAUUCUUAUGUAGUUAUUGGAUUAUUUUUACUUUUUUUAUUUAUUAUUAUUAUAAUAAUAACAAUUUUAAUAACAUUUUGUUUACAUACAUUUAUAUUUCGUCAUCGAAAAAUUUUAAAACCAAAAAAAAAAACUUAUAAUUGUUCAAGACAAUUUAAUUUUUAUGAUACAUUACAACGAAAAUCUCCAUUUAUACAUGAUGAUAGUGGUUGUAGUAGUAAAAUAGAUGAACAUGAUGAUAUAACAUCAGAGGAACGUGAACGACUUGUUAAUUUAAAUGGAAGUGAUCGAACAUCAUUUGAAUCAUCAGAUUCAAUGAAUAAACAAAUAAGAAUAUUGAACAAGACUUCAACUAUGCGACCUUUAUCAGAUCAUCAUAGUUUUUCACGAAUAAGUCGUAAUAGUUAUCCACCAUCACCUUUCCUUUCGUCAAUGCCUUCUGUUGUCAUUCCACCACCAAAACCUCCUCGAGAUAGUGGAUUUGAAUCUAUUUGUUUAUUAAAACAACAUCAACAACAAAUUAUUCCUGGACGACCAUUAUCAUUAUCAAUUUCAACAGCAACAACAUAUACAAGUAGUGGAACAGAUUCAUCAUCGUCACCACUUCCACCACCAAUGAUGAAUACAUUUCGAGCACCGUAUUCAUCAUUUCGAUAUAAUGCACCUAUCUCACAUGUUGCUCGACUUGCUGAAGAAGAAAAAAUGGAUGUUUAA